AGCCACAGGGAUUCUGGAGGUAUCUUCUUGAUUAGCUGCAUUCUUUUCAAAAGAAUGUUACACUCCCUAAAUUAAAAUUUUCAAAAGUGGUAGGGAUUCAGGAGCUGUCUGGUCAGGAGGAGGGUGGACCAAGAGAUCCCCAGAGAAACUUCCCAAAGAACUUGGCAGGUCUGACCAUGCACUGGCUGUGGAAACUCCAGCGGAUUUGCAUCCUAUGGGGGACCCAGGUGUCUGGUCGCACUGUCCACCUUCAUACCAAGCAACUGGCAUCCCUGCAGUGGGGUCACCAGGAGGUCCCUGCCAAAUUUAACUUUGCCAGUGAUGUGAUAGAUCACUGGGCUGGCAUGGAGAAGACUGGCAAGCGACCUCCGGGCCCAGCCCUCUGGUGGGUGAGCGGUGAUGGUGAUGAAAUAGUGUGGAACUUCAGCCAACUGAGGGAACUCAGCCAGCAGGCAGCCAAUGUCCUUUCAGUGGCAUGCAGCCUGCAGCCUGGUGACCGUGUGGCGGUGGUGCUGCCCCGAGUGCCUGAGUGGUGGCUGGUGACCCUGGGCUGCAUGCGAGCAGGCCUCGUCUUCAUGCCCGGGACUAUCCAAAUGAAAGCCAAGGACAUCCUUUAUAGGCUGCAGGUGUCUAAAGCCAGGGCCAUUGUGGCUGGGGAUGAAGUGGCCCAGGCAGUGGACACCGUGGCCUCUGACUGCCCCUCUCUGAAAACGAAGCUAGUGGUAUCUGAGAAAAGCCGGGAUGGAUGGCUGGACUUUAAGACACUACUACGGGAAGCAUCUACUACUCAUUGCUGUGUGGAAACUGGAAGCCAAGAAGCAGCUGCCAUCUACUUCACCAGUGGGACUAGUGGCCUUCCCAAGAUGGCGGAACAUUCCCACUCAAGCCUGGGCAUGAAGGCCAAGAUGGAUGCUGGCCUAUGGAUAGACCUGCAAGCCUCUGACAUAAUGUGGACCAUAUCAGACACAGCUUGGAUACUGAACAUCUUGGCUUCAUUUCUGGAAACUUGGACAGCAGGAGCAUGCACAUUUAUCCAUCUUUUGCGAAAGUUUGACCCAGUCGUCAUUCUAAAGGUGCUGUCCAGCUACCCAAUCAACAGCCUGGUAGGAGCACCCAUCAUUUACCGGAUGUUGUUACAACAGGAUCUUUCUAGUUACAAGUUCCCACAUCUACAGAACUGCUUCAGUGGAGGAGAGACCCUCCUUCCAGACACUUUGGAGAAGUGGAGGGCCCAGACAGGACUGGACAUCCGAGAAUUCUACGGCCAGACAGAAACGGGACUCACUUGCAGAGUUUCCAAGACCAUGAAAAUCAAACCUGGUUACCUGGGAACUGCUAUUCCCCAUUAUGAUGUGCAGGUCUUGGACGACAAGGGCAAGGUCUUGCCCCCUGGUACGGAGGGAGAUGUGGGCGUCAGGGUAAAGCCCAUCAGGCCUAUAGGCAUCUUCUCUGGCUAUGUGGACAAUCUUGAGAAGACAGCAGCCAACAUUCGAGGGGAUUUUUGGAUCCUUGGAGAUCGGGCAAUCAAGGAUCAAGAUGGCUAUUUCCAGUACCUGGGGCGGGCAGAUGACAUCAUUAACUCCAGCGGGUACCGGAUUGGGCCCUCAGAGGUGGAGAAUGCACUGAUGGAGCAUCCUGCUGUGGUUGAGACAGCUGUAACCAGCAGCCCGGACCCUGUCCGGGGAGAGGUGGUGAAGGCAUUUGUGGUCCUGGCCCCACAGUUUCUGUCCCAUGACCCAGACCAGCUCACCAAGGAGCUGCAGCAGCACGUGAAGUCAAUAACAGCCCCAUAUAAGUACCCAAGGAAGGUGGAGUUUGUCUCGGACCUGCCCAAGACUGUCACAGGGAAAAUCCAGCGGAAGAAGCUUCGAGACAAGGAGUGGAAGACAUCUAGGCAAGCUGGGGCCCAGUGAGACCUGCAUGGGCAUCCUUUUGGGUGCUGCACUUCUACUUACUUCCAUUUCCCUUUGGGCCUUCUGCCUUCCUCUGGGGAUAUGAGAUUUCUUAUGACGAGAGAACUGAUUUCUGUUUUUCUGGGGAUAUGAGAUUUCUUAUGACGAGAGAACUGAUUUCUGUUUUUCCCGUUAUUAGCACAAAAUCUUGCCAUAUUAGAUGUUGAAAGAAGAAAGGAGGUAAUGGAAGCGAGGAAAGGAGAGGGGAAGAGAGAAAAAAGAAAAAUUAGAGAAAGAAUGAAACAGCAAAAGAAAGCCAUUAGGAAAGAAAAGGAGGGAGGGCAGGAAGGCGGGAUGGAGGGAUGGAGGAAAGAAAAUUGGAGAAAGGGAGAGAAAGAGAAGAAGGAAGGGAGGGAGGAACUAAAAAAGCUCAAUGAAAACAAUAAGACUGAUAAAGAAAAAUGAUGGAAAAUGGGAGAAGGGAGAGCAACUAAUGAUUACUCCCACAGAUAGAUAAACAGACAGUGGCAGAGUCCAGCAGAAUCCUUGAUCAGAUCUUGGGAAAGAAAUGAAAGGUCAAGGCACUCUAUCUCACCCUUGGGCAGGUCUCCAUAUAGAGAGGCAAGCACAUGUGGUUAGGACAUUGGAGGCCUCCCCUAGUCACUCCAAAUCUCAGGACAGUCAUGACCAGAGGAGGGGAAUCUCCAUUUAUUGAGCACUUGCCAUGUGCCAGACACUGUCCUAGGCAUUUUAUAAAUACUAUCAUGUUUCCCCUCUGGGUGGCAUCUACAAACCUCAGAAUACAGCUGUGAAAACAGUAUAGGCACCUCAAGAAAGUGUCCCUCCCCAUGGCUCGUGUUUGUGGUAGUAUCUACUCUUCCUAUAAUCAAGUAAUAAAAUCAUUUUAAAUCAA